CACUUUCUCAUAUACUGACUCAUAUUUGUCAUAUGGAAAUAUGGUUAUGUAUAACAUGUCUUGCAGAUUGCAUGGACCCAGAUGGUUCUAGUUCUAGAAAUGGAAUUAAGGUUUCUUAUCCUUGAUUCAGUGAAUAUGUCUCUGGUUGUGCCUUCUUCCUUUCUAAACUUGACUUCUUCCUUGGAGCAUUUGAGCCUUCGCUCUUGUCAUUUGCAAGGAAACUUUCUAAGCCAAGCUUUUCAGCUUCCAUCUCUCCAGCUUCUUGAUUUAAGCGACAACUCUCAUUUGGGAGGUAAUUUGCCUGAGCCAAGCCAGAGUAGUAGCCUCGAGUAUCUGAAUCUCGAUGGUUGCCAAUUUUAUGGAUCAAUUCCAGAUGUCUUUGGAAAAAUGCAAAAGCUAACUCAUUUGAGCCUUUUUGCUAAUAGUUUUGAUGGUGAAAUUCCUACAUCAAUCUUCAACCUCGCUAAUCUUACUUAUUUGGAUCUGUCAUCAAAUAAGCUAAGAGGGCCUCUUCCUCGCAAUAUAAGUGGACUCUCAUUUUUAGAUGAGUUUCAAAUGGAUAAUAAUUUCAUCACAGGUCCUAUACCAUCUUGGUUGUUUUCUUUGCCUUCUUUAUCCCAUUUAGACCUCCAAAACAACAGACUUACCGAACCUAUUGAUCAUGUUGAGAUGCCUAAUCUCAUUUUACAAGAAGUCUAUUUGUCCAAUAAUGGGAUAAGUGGUUCAUUUCCUAGCUCUUUCUUUCAUCUUGUGAAUCUUGCCGUGGUCGAUCUUUCUUCAAAUAAUUUAAGUGGCACCAUUACAGCCAACAUGCUUUCAAAACUUGUUAACCUUUGGGAUCUGGAUCUUUCCAAUAACAAUUUGUUGUCUUUGAGCAAUAAUAGCACUGGUGUCAACUAUUCCUUUCCGAACCUCUGGUUUUUAAAAUUCUCUUCUUGCAACAUACACAAGUUCCCAAGUUUCUUAAGGAAGGCAGAGAGAUUGGAAGUAUUGGAUAUUUCCAAGAACAUGAUUUCUGGUCAAAUUCACAAAUGGGAAAUCGAAGGGAUGUCAUUGGCCAGUUUAAACCUUUCUUAUAACUUUUUGACCAGUAUAGAUUUGUUUGCUUUUGAAAGUCUUGCCCAAGUUGACCUCAGUUCCAACUUACUACAAGGAUCACUUCCCAUUCUAUCAACAACUUCGGGUUUUGGGCAUCUCAUCAUUUCAGGGAAUAAUUUGAUUGGCGAAAUCCCUUCUUCUUAUUGCAAUUUGACUUUUCUUAAUGUUCUAAUCUUAGCUAAGAAUAAUUUGGGAGGAAAAAUUCCAGAAUGUCUUGGAAACUUGGGUUAUCUCCGUAUCUUGGAUUUGCAGAUGAAUAAGUUUCAUGGUAUAAUACCAAAUUCUUUUGUCGACGAGAGUCGACUAAUAACUCUUAACCUAAAUGGCAACCAGUUGGAGGGGAUAUUGCCACGGACUUUGGGCUAUUGCAGAUUAUUGCAAGUUCUUGAUGUGGGGAACAAUUGCUUGAAUGACACCUUUCCACAUUGGUUAGGUGUUCUUUCAGAGCUAAAAGUUCUCAUCCUUCGAUCCAAUCGAUUUCAUGGUGCCAUUUACAACUCUACACCUGCAUUUUACUUCCCUGAGUUGAGAAUCGUUGAUGUCUCGCAUAAUGACUUCACGGGUCUCCUGCCGAGUAGCUAUUUCAAAAAUUUGACAGGUAUGAGAGAUGUACAUGAAGAGGAAGGUGGAUUGGAAUAUAUGGGUGCAUAUGCUGCUACCAGUUUUUUAAAGGCUAUUUUUCCCGAUUACUAUGAUUCUGUGAUGGUAAUACUAAAAGGUUCAUACGUGGAGCUGACGAGAAUCCCGAUGGCUUUCUCAACUGUUGAUUUCUCAAGUAAUAGAUUCCAUGGACACAUUCCUGAAGAGCUGGGAGAACUCAAGUCACUUCAUUUGCUAAACUUGUCUCACAACAGUCUCAUAGGUCAAAUUCCAUCAUCUUUGGGGAAAAUGACACAACUUGAAUCACUAGAUCUCUCAUCAAACAAGCUUGAUGGUAGGAUUCCUGAGGAGUUGACAAGUUUGACAUUCCUUUCAGUUCUGAACCUCUCACACAACAAACUUGAAGGUGACAUUCCUCACGGGAAGCAGUUCAAUACUUUCUCAAAUGAUUCCUACAUUGGAAACUUUGGGCUGUGUGGAUUCCCAUUGACAAAGAACUGCCACAACGAGGAAGAACCAAGAGCACCUCCAUCAAAAUUUGAUGAAGAUGAUGAUUGUGCAGCACUAUUUAAUUGGAAGUUUGCAGUGGCGGGUUAUGGAUGUGGGCUGGUGUUAGGACUUAGUCUCGGAUACAUCGUGUUCAUAACAGGAAAACCAUGGUGGGUGGUGAACAAGGUGGAAAAAUAUCAACAAAAAUUUGUUAGAAGGUGCACCCAUCGGCAUAAGAAGAGAAAAACCCAAAAACCCAACCAACGCUCUUAGCAGAAGCAGGCAGUUGGCUUUCUUUCUUCCUCCAAGAAGAUCUGACAAAAAUAAUGUGUGCAUAAGUUU